GUGUUUCCAACUGGCACCAGUUUGAACUCAGCUUCAGACGCACAGGCAGCACCUUCUCGUCGAUCUGCAGCGGUUUCUCGAGCUGCAGGGACGCCCGACUUCACAGAUCUCCAAGAGCGGCUGGCAAAGUUUCAGCUGCUUGAAACAAGCGAGACUUGGGAAUGGGAUGCUCCUCCACCAGAGACACAGGCCCUGGCAGCCGCCUUAACCACUGGAAAUCUGGAAGAGAAAGAAGCUCUGGCGGCAUUCUACUUUCUCAUUUUAUGGCCGCUGCUGAAGCGGCGGGCUGACAUUUCAAUAUGUGCGGGCGACCUGCAGCGCACUGCCCUGCAUGUUGCUGCAGAGAAGUGCUAUGUGAAGCUCAUCGAGGAGCUGCUGAAGCAUCGUGCUGAUCCCAACCGUGCUGAUCGCGCAGGAGAAACUGCGCUCUUUGCUGUCGCACACUCCGUCAGCUGGUCCAGCGCUGCUCCACGUCACCGACGCGCUACGGUGCAGCGCUUGGUGGAAGGUGAAGCUGACAUCAAUUUCUCAAAUCCUCGUGGGAGGAUGCCAUUGCAUGUAGCGGUUAGCUGCAAGGACGCCAGUGUCUUGUCAGCUUUGUUGGACGAGCUGGCGGAUGUGAACGCCAAGGAUCUGGGUGGAUUCACUGCUCUCAUGUGGGCAGCAGGUCGUGGCUCCGCAGAACAGGUCCAGCAACUCCUGGAUGCCAAGGCCGAGAGUGACCUGGUGGCGAACCGAGGUCAAACUGCUUUGGUCUUUGCUCUUACAAACAAUUGUGAAGAGGUGGUGGAAAUAUUGAAAAAGAGAGCUGCAGCAGCAGAUCACCAGGCCAAAGUGCCGCCACAGCAUGAGCAAGCUGAGAGCAGGUCCGAGAUGCACAUGCCAUUUCUGGGACAGGUUGGUUCACGCUUCGCACCGGACCUGAGCUCCAACUCCUAUGGAGCCCAUUCUGCAUUUGUCAAAAAAGAUGUUCAGGAAUCCUGUUCAGUCCGUGCCACUUUAUUUAUAUGUUUUAUAAUCAAAAAAUAUGAUGACCCAUGGUAG